AAGCCACAGCAGCUGCCGGAUGCCGGCAGCUGGAGCCGCCGGGAUGAGCUGCACCGAGCGCGGUGACAGGCGCUGCGGCUGCGGGGGCACGGAGGAGAAGAAGAUGCUCAAGUGUGUGGUGGUGGGGGACGGCGCCGUGGGGAAAACCUGCCUGCUGAUGAGCUACGCCAACGACGCCUUCCCAGAGGAGUAUGUGCCCACUGUGUUUGACCACUAUGCAGUUACUGUGACAGUGGGAGGCAAGCAACACUUGCUCGGACUAUAUGACACCGCGGGACAGGAGGACUACAACCAGCUGAGGCCGCUCUCCUACCCCAACACCGAUGUGUUUUUGAUCUGCUUCUCUGUCGUGAAUCCUGCCUCUUACCACAACGUCCAGGAGGAAUGGGUUCCAGAGCUGAAGGACUGCAUGCCUCAUGUGCCUUAUGUCCUCAUAGGGACCCAGAUUGAUCUUCGCGAUGACCCCAAAACCUUGGCCCGUUUGCUGUAUAUGAAAGAGAAACCUCUCACUUACGAGCAUGGUGUGAAGCUUGCAAAAGCGAUCGGAGCACAGUGCUACUUGGAAUGUUCGGCCCUAACUCAGAAAGGUCUCAAAGCGGUUUUUGAUGAAGCGAUCCUCACCAUUUUCCACCCCAAGAAAAAGAAGAAACGCUGCUCUGAGUGUCAAAGCUGCUGUUCAAUUAUCUGAGGCUGCUGGGGGACCGGCCCCCACCCACCUAAGGGUGAGAGUGGCGCCGACCUCUGAGACCAAGCUCAAGCCACGAAGGAGGGCGCGACCAGAGAGGAAGUCCCUUUGCACGGAGCCUUGCUCCUCCACCCCGGGAGCCCCCAUCACCACCCGCAAGCACAGCACACCAGCUGCCACGUCCCCCCUACCAGCCCGAAGCGUCCACAUUGCGCAAUCUGUGAGAAUGCUGAGCCCGCCGGAGGUCACCCAGCGACGUUGCUGACCAUGUUGCAAACGAAGGCAAAGACCAUGCUGCGUUUUGCGUCUCCCCUCCACGAACGUGAGGCUGAGGAUAGGAAACCAUCCCCAAGAAACCAGAAGAGGAACUCGGUUCCUGUAUUGGUGGCCUUACCCCGUGUCUUCUACAAAACACAGGAAUACUAUACUAACCUUGUUUUCUGAAUCUGUUGUUCGACCUAUGUGUCUUGCAUUUAUUUGUAUUAUUUUAAGAAAUGUACUAAUUUACCAAUUUACUCAGGCCUUACAAGUCCAUACCAAAUUAGCCUAAAGACAAAAUAUUUUUUAUUCAUUUCCAUUUUCAGCCUGUUUCUACCAAAGCUAUUAGAACCAACACGUACCUCUGAAUGCCUGACUGUAAGAAGAAAACAAGAAAUUGUUACAACUUUUGGAAAUGUACAAAGCCAAGAUUUUUGAACCUGGUUGAAAGAGAAACACCACCUGAAUUGUUGCGGGGCCACAUUUUUGCCAAAGAUUCACCCUGGAAAUGCUUUUGCUGAUGGGUAGCCUUAUUUUUCUUCUAUAUUUAUAUUGUCAUGGCAAAUUACAAAUGAACUGUGUUCAAGAAAGUAGUACUUCUGCUUCUUAAUCAAACUGAUCGGGGGAGAAUAUGGCAGACCUAGGUUUUAUAAUAUUCUCUAUUCAGCAAAGUGAACUUCCCUGUUCCCUCCCUUCCCGGGCUCAUGCCCUUUUCCUCCCUUAAUUUCACUUUCUUCCUUGCCCAAUAAUAACCUGAUCUAAAAGAAAGACCUGGCCAUGGGGCAUGAAAAAGUAAAUGUUUAAAAGUCCUCAAAGGUUAAGCAAAGUGUUUCCAUAUUUCCACUUGCUUCAACCUGAAGGGUUUCUCAGCUGGGUCCCCUUGGAACUCUAAGGAACUAAAUGACGUUUUCCAAGUGCAGCUGGGUACUAAUAUAUUGCCUCUCCCUAUUUCCUACACUCAUUGUCCCAAAUGUGCAUUUAGGGGACGGAUCUGCGGGUACCAAGCUCUGAAUCUGUUUAUCCCCUGCUUUCAAAAUGCUGUGUUCUGUAGAACAGGACCUUCGGUCUUGGAAAGUAAAAGCCCCCAGUAAAGAAUGAUGCACCCUUUCCAUAUGCCUCUUCCAAACAGCCAGGGAUUCUUGUAUCAUAGAGUGAAUUAUUUCCUAGCUUUUAUUUAGAGACGAUAAAGUCUCCUAAUUAGUCUUAUUUGUUUACAGUUACCUUGGAAACACCCAGGUAGGCACUUCACUUUUUAUUUCAAUUGCAUAAGCAAAGUGCCUCUUUGCAGCAUCAAAUUACACCGAUUUUAGCAUAACAAUUUCCGGAUUCACACUGCUUCUGUUGGAAAAAUCCAGGCUUUCUAGUCCCUUCUGCUCCUGGAGGAAAUCCAUAAAAAAGAAACAUAUGAUGUGGGUCUUUUCUGUUAAGACCUUCCAUGACAUCCCCUCAGUUGUUUGGAUUUGUUUGUUUGUUUAGAAUUUCUGAAAGAAGUUUUCCCUUGUUCCACGUUGCAAGACCUAUUUCCCUGCUCUCCCAUCUAGUUGCUAAACAUUUUCUUAAACACGCACAUACAUGCGUGCACACACACACACACACACACCCCAAA